AUGAGCCCCAGGCUAACUAGACUGCUUCUGACGCUGAUCGCAGCAAGCUUUGGCCACGCCGCCUACGUAGUCUAUCCACCGCGUUACGAGCUCAACAACGAUCAGUACACGGCGCUCGGUAGCUGUCUUUCACCAGGCCACCGAGAGGAUGCCGUGGAAAGUCGAUACGAUCCGAUCUGUGCCACCGAUGGCUUCAGCUACUACAACAAACACGAGAUGCGCUGCUUGGGCAAAUUGGUUCCUUCGGUGAAGUUCUCCUUCUACGGUCGCUGUCCGAACGAGCCCGUAUUCCUGCCGCUGGAAUCGGCUCGAGGAACGGAGCUGCUGCGCGAGCCCAGAGCAUUCGAUGGGUACCACCAGUGCUUGGAGAGCUGCAACGAGUUCCAACCGGUUUGCGGAUCGGACGGAAGGACCUACAGCAGUCCGUGUGCGGUCGGCUGUGCCAAGCAAUACAAUCCGCAGAUCGAUUUGGAGAGUAAAGGCUUCUGCGAGCAGGACAAGUCGGUGGAGGGAAAGUGCCCGGAGAUUUUGCAGCCAUUCUGCGGUUCGGAUGGAAUUACGUACCUGAACUAUUGCCAUUUGAAGUUUGCGAUGAUGAGCGAGGAGAGGCUGCAGCCGGCCCAUAUGGGCGAUUGCGUGCGGCGGUUGGUGGCGGUUCAGGGCGCUUUGCGCAAAAAGGAGAGCGGUGGAUGUGGAGGCGGUUGUGGAGGUGGAUGUGCGGGUGGUUGUGGUGGCGGUUGUGGUGGAGGCUGUGGAAAGUGA